CGCGCAUAGUGAAACCGAGUGAGGUGCGGUUAGACCUCAGCCCUUUUUAGAGGUGGGAGAUGAGCAACCACGGGCAGUUGCUCUUUGGUUCUAUGAGAUGGUGUGUGGAGGUUGGCUGUGGCGGUGAAGGAGGUUCUCCUGGAGGAGGGACAGGGAGACGGAGGUGCGACGUGGAAACCCGCAGCGCCGAGUUUCUAUCUCCUGAAGUAAACAAAUGAAGUUACGGUGAAACAAUGAGAGCAGACUUUCUGUUUUCAGAACAAUCUGAUCUGCUGACAUGAAAUGAGACUCGGCUAACGGAGUUAGAACUUGUAGGAAAAUUCCGUCGCCAUGGACGAGGGACUGACUAUUACUUGUAUAUCUGUAGCGAUGUUUGUGGGCACCUUCCUACUAGGAUUCAUCCCACUGUUGUUCCGACUCUCUGAGAAAAGCCUGCAGUUUGUGUCCAUCCUGGGGGCGGGUCUGCUGUGCGGGACAGCACUGGCCAUCACCAUCCCGGAGGGUGUGGGCUUACUGGAGGAUUCGUGGAGAAAGUCCUCCUCUGAUGCUCUGUCCGGCCCGAAUGCUAGUGAAAAAACUGCACCUCCCACAAAGGAAAGCGCCCCACCUCGCUUUUAUAUCGGCGUGUCUUUGACGUUCGGGUUUACCUUCAUGUUUGUGGUUGAUCAGAUUGGAGGAUACAUUUCCAUGCAUGGUCAAGCAGCGCAUUUGUUGAAUAACAAACACAUCACAGCCACUCUGGGGCUGGUUAUCCAUGCUGCAGCCGAUGGAUUUGCUCUGGGUGCUGCCGUCGCCACAGGUCAAGCAACUGUGCAAGUGAUUGUUUUUUUUGCAGUCAUUCUACACAAGGCUCCUGCUGCUUUUGGUUUGGUUUCCUUCCUGAUGCAUGCAGGCCUUGAGAAGAAAGACAUUCAGGGACAUUUACUGACCUUCUCAGCAGCAGCGCCCAUAGUCGCUAUCAGCACUUACUUCAUACUGCAGGCGACUGGAAGUUCCUCUCAUAACCAGCUGAGUGCAACCGGAGUGGGAAUGCUGUUCUCGGCAGGGACUUUCCUUUAUGUUGCCACCGUGCACGUUCUUCCUGAGAUCAGCAGCAGCAGCAGCGCAGCAGAACCCUUCUCUAACCUGCAGGAGGAAACAGGAGCAGAAACCCACAAGGCGAGAUAUCUGGGUCUCCUGGAGAGCCUCACCCUCAUCCUUGGCGUGGGGCUCCCGGUCAUAUUGGCCCUCAGCUUGCACGAUGACUAAACGGGAGUGUUUACUGCGAACCAUGCAGAAUGACACUUCCAAAACAAAAUCUUGCCAAGUAUUCUUUGGUCAAGUAUCAUUUUUUUACACUUGAAAUAAGACAAAACUAAUGUACAAGUGACGUUAGAGCAAGAUAACGGAGGUGGUUUUAAAGUCAGUAAUUUCUUAAUAUCGAUGGAAAAGUACUGCCAGUCGAACAAAACAUUAAAACGUCUAGUUAUAUCUAGUACUUUCCAUCGGUAUUAUGGAAUUAUUGACUGAAAAUAAGUUCAUUUGUUGUGCUUAAAAGUUACUUGUAAGUUAGUUCAAAUGUACUAAGAUAUUAUUUCCAGUAGAAACUAGACCAAAAAUACUUGGUAAAAUGUAGUAUUUUUGCAGUGAAGACAGAGUGAAUGAAAACCCGUCCACGUAUCUCAGCGUUAGGUUGUUCCUCAUGGGCGUGCUGCUGGUUCAGACUAGCCUAACCCCUGAGCACUGCCAUUGUCCUUGGAUCAACAAAGCUUUUCAGGUUUUGAAAGGACUUGGAUAUUUUAUACGUCGCUGUCCUUCAGCCGAGUUUCCAGCACGAGUAAACAAAAAGAGGGACAUUUGUUAUUUGUUACGAAGAUGUAUAAUUUUCUUUAAAAACGAAACCGUGACCAGGAGGGUAGAUUUACAAGAAGAACAAGAUAAUAAUUUGAUACUGUCGUGUGCACAGUAUGCGAUCUAGUUUGCACAGUUUGUACUAGUUUUGUGUUUAUUUUUAAGAGUUUGACAGGAAAAGGGUCAAAUUGGAGAAUCGGAGAGAAACAUUCCUCCUCAUGGUUCCUCAGAAACAAACUCGUUGUCUUUUAUUUCUUUUCUCAGCCGAAAUGCCAAAUGUGACGCCUGAACUACAUGAAAACAUUUUUUAGAGCCAUAUUAUUUCAUAACUUAUAAUAGUUUUCAACAGUGGAUGUUUGAUUUAUUUUUAAGAGUGCAUUUUAAAAGUUUUGACUCUAUAAAGCUGCUUCUAUUGAAAAUGUGCAAUAAUCGUUAAAAUAAACUGCGACACCAUAAAUUUAACACUGACAAGUUUAUUAAAAUCUGAUCUUUAAUUGGAGUACACCUGUUCAGCAAAAUCAUUGGUGAUAAAAUUCUGUUGUUACUCCAUUGUACAACCUCAUUUUACUAAUAAGAUGGUUCUUUGUCUCCCAUAACAUUUUACAAGGUCUGAUCCUACAGAGAGUGAUUUUUCCUCUGUGCACAAUUUCUAAUUUGAAUUUGAAUUUCUCUGUCAUAGAUAUCUUAAAAAAAUAAGCUCUUUUGUUUUAGAGUUGUGUUUCUUUUGUAACUUCAAACAAACUUUGUUUAGCUGAAGAAAAGGAAAAAAUGUCUAUUAAGGUUGCAAAGGCUGCCAAUCUCUGAUCUAGAUCAUCCAGAGUUCUGAGUCAUGGAUUCUGCUAUCUUCUCUUCAGCUAAGAUGGUCAUAAAGACGGGUUGAUUUGAGCUAAAAUGUUCAGAUAUUCGAAUGAGUUCCCAUUUUUCAUUCUUCAGAAGGUUUCCAGGGUCUUUAGAAGAGAAAAUGCUCACAGCAUCACAUGUCCUCCACUGUGAACUUUCAUACUUUUCUACAUAUUUUUAUGUAGCGUUUAUUACUUGAAAGCUUUGUCCUUAGUCUCAUAUGACCAAAGCACAGAUUUCCAUUUAAAGUCUAAAUGCCUCUGGCUUUACUCCUUUAUGAUUGUGAUGGUAGGAUAGAAAAUAUGUUUUUUUUCUGGCAUGUAGACUAAAGGAGAUGAUGUUACAGAGCAGGGAUCUGGAAGCUCUUCAUAGCUGAUCAAAACAACAGAUGGAACAACAACAAAAAAAAAUAAUUAUGAAGUAAUAAAAAUGUUAAUUUUU